AUGCCAGUGCACUCCCGCGAAAAGAAAGAAAGCAAUCCGGAAGAUAUGGACGUUGAUUUUCCUGAGCAAGAAGCUAGCAGUACUGACGAGGAGGAUAUCGUCAGUUCUUCUGGCUCUGAAGAUGGAGACAGUUCUGAAAUGGAUGAUGAAGAUUGUGAAAGGAGACGAAUGGAGUGCUUGGACGAAAUGACCAACCUCGAGAAACAGUUCACAGACCUGAAGGAUCAGUUAUACAAGGAGAGAUUGAGCCAAGUGGACAUCAAAUUACAAGAGGUGAUGGCAGGUAGUGCGCAGGAGUACUUGGAACCCCUCGCCAACCUUCAGGAGAACAUGCAAAUCAGAACCAAAGUGGCUAGUAUAUAUCGAGAGCUUUGUUUGGAAUCUGUGAGGAAUAAGUAUGACUGUGAGAUUCAGGCUGCAAGCCAGCAUUGGGAGAGUGAGAAACUGCUGCUGUUUGACACAGUGCAGAGUGAACUGGAGGAGAAAAUCAGACGGUUGGAAGAGGACAGGCACAGCAUUGACAUCACCUCAGAGUUGUGGAACGACGGGAUGCAGUCACGGAAGAAUAAAAAGAAAGAUCCUUUCAGCCCCGGGAAGAAGAAGAAGCCAGUUGUUGUAUCUGGCCCAUAUAUUGUUUACAUGUUGCAAGACCUGGAUAUCCUGGAAGACUGGACCGCAAUACGAAAGGCAAUGGCUUCAAUGGGACCUCACAGAGUGAAGGUGGAUGUGUCUCCCAAGCCUGAGAAACAGCAUCAUAUCGUUCGUUCCGAAGAUGGCCGUCUGUUCUAUGACGGGAAGUGGUAUAGCCGCGGACAAGCCAUAUGCAUCAACAAGAGGGAGGAGUACCCCACCAGCGCCAUAGUCACCACCAUUAAUCAAGAUGAGCUGUGGUUCAAACGUCUGGACGGAACUAAAUCAAAACUCUACAUAUCUCAACUCCAGAGAGGCAAAUACACCAUAAAACACUGUUAG